ACAUACGCGGCCACCACGCUUUGUUUGUGUUCACCGUCUCUACCUCUUGAAUGACACCUGCGUUGCGUUCACGUACCCGAGCCUCCCGCCGGAGCCCACCGACAACAUCCCGGCGCGCGGCCACCGCGUUUACGUAACGCGGUUGAUCCUCAGGUGCGAAAUCAUUGACGCGCCCGUCACCUGCGCGGAUUCCUGGACCAAGUAAAUCCGUGUCAGGGUGGCGUUUCCUCGCAGGAGAGAUGAGCCUCUCUCUCUCCCGGCUCCCGUGAAUCGCGCCAGUCAAGGAUCCAGAUGAGCCCGCACCACGGCUCAGGACUCGGCUCUUCUCAAGGACCGCCGCUAGACCCCUCUUCUCCCAAGAUGCACCUGUGAACUGAGGUGGAAAGAUGCCGCGCACCAAGCAGAAUCAUCCGAAGAAUUUAAAAGAUAAAAUCGAAGAAGCACAGAAGGAGCUUAAGGACCCCAAGAGCUCACAGAAAGGGAUCACUGACAGCAGAAGAAAUGCGGAGAGCGUUAAAGGCCUGAAGAGGAAAAAGGUUGUUGGGGAGAACCAGUUAAAGAAAAUUCCAAAAUCUCCGGUGAAGAAACCUCUGAAGCAGAAGCCCCCUGAGGAUACGCACCAUGUGACAUCUAAAGAAACCAUCCCUUCUUGCUCUACCAGCAGUCCUUCCCAAAACUCGCCCUCAAGCGGUGCAAAGGUCGAUCCACAACAUGUCCACCCCGUCGCUCCAACACCUGAUGAAGGUGAUUCUUCUGCUGAGCGGGACAGGGUGAAGCAAGAGGAUGUGCCCUCAAGUCCAGCAAACCUUUAUGAGAGUGCUGCAACUUCACUAAGCGUUUCUCAUACAGCCACCAGUGAGAGCGAACGCCCCGAAGGGGAUCUUCCGCAAGCGAGUGCCCCGCUCGAUGUCUUACUGCGGGCCAUGGAGUCUGAUUUGAGUAUUCUGGCUGAGAGGAAAAAGCAGCUCACGACCAUUGGUAAACCUUACUCGUUUGCAGCUCAACCCAGUGGUGGGGUCACAAAUAUGUCGGCGCUGAAUGUGGGUCUGCAGACUCCACACAUGCAGACGUACUACAUCGACAAACAAGGCAACUUCAUUGGCAUUGCACCACCACUUCAGUCGAAUGUGCAGGCACCCUUACAGGGCGGCCCACUCCAGCCCCCACCCAUUCCCCAACACUUCAUGCCUGUAGUCUCAAAUCCAGAACAACCAAGAUUGCACAUGAGCAUUAAUGCUGGACCAGCCACGAUCACUCACACGCCCAUUCCCCCAAGCUCUAAGAUUCUACCGCAAAGCCAACCCCCGGUGGUGCAGACAUGCCAGUCCAUCUCAGCCAGCGUUCCCAGCACCAUUCAAGUUCCAGUGACGCCUGGCACCAACCAGGUUCAGGUGGCAACCGUGAUGAACAUUGGUGUCGACCAGGUCUCCAAGGACCAAAAGCCGAAGAAGCAAGGAAAGUAUGUCUGCGAGUACUGCAGUCGAGCGUGUGCAAAACCGAGUGUGCUGCUCAAGCACAUCAGGUCUCACACAGGUGAAAGGCCAUACCCUUGUGUCACUUGUGGCUUCUCUUUCAAAACCAAAAGCAACUUGUACAAGCACAAGAAAUCACACGCCCACGCUAUAAAACUGGGUCUGAUUGCACGCUCCGAAUCAGGUGGAGGAUCACUUUCACAGGAAUCAGAUAAAGCUGUCGGGACGCAUUCUGAGGCGGAAGAUAGUGGCGACAGCGACGAGGAUGGGAGCACUGUGGAACAUGACCCUGAAUCCUCUCAGGGAAGUGUUGCAACUUUGUCUGAGAAGAGCUUACAGUGUGCUGCCACCACACAAGUGGAAGUAGACUCUUCAUUGGAGUCAAUGAAACCAGCACUCGUCCAGCGUGCUCAUGAACCCAAAGUGACCGCUGCACUUCCAAAAGUUGUUGUCUAUCCAGUUAAUGUCUCACCUCUCAGGGCAGACAGCCCAAGGGUAACGGGGUCAGCCCCUGAGCAGACAGCGGCCCAACGGCAACGAGAGUUUCAGGUGGCCAAUCUACGAACAAACAUAACAGUCCUGUCAUCUCUGAAGGAAGUGGAAGGUACAAAUCCUGCGCUAGAAACUGUAAGUGAAGAUGAAGACCAACAGUGCAAGUCCCCCCUGCUCGGGGGCCACGGUCAGCUUCAGAGGCAACAAGCAACUGAUUUUUCGCAACAGCAACAAGCAAAGUGUUUGUUAAGUCCACGCAGUUUGGGAAGUACCGAUUCAGGCUACUUCUCUCGCUCUGAAAGUGCAGAUCAGGCCAUGAGUCCGCCAAGUCCAUUUGUCAAGAUAACGCCGCCAGGAGAAACUGACAUAACAAAGAAUGGACUCGUCAACGUCUCUCCUGUUGUGGCUACAGUCAUGCAUGUAACAACUGAGAGGAAGACGCAAGCUACUGAAGGGCAGAUGCGCCCCCCAUUGGAAGCAAAAGCGCUGUCCCUGGAAGAGCGAAUCUCGAAGCUAAUAUCGGACAAUGAAGCAGUAGUUGACAACAAGCAGCUUGAUAGUGUAAAACCGAGACGAACAUCACUUUCCAGAAGAGGUAGCAUUGAUUCACCAAAAUCAUACAUAUUUAAAGACUCUUUUCAGUUUGAUCUGAAGCCAAUGGGAAGGAGGUCCAGCUCCAGCUCAGACAUCCCAAAGUCCCCCUUCACUCCAACAGAUAAAUCGAAGCCCGUGUUCCUUUUAUCUGUUCCAUCUCAAUAUCCCCCGAUGGACUGUUUGCCAAUUACAAGAAGUAACUCGAUGCCAACCACGCCAGGAAAUUCCGCUCUUCCACUCAGCAUCGCCCAUCUUCCACAUCCUUUGCGAAUCUGUCACUCAUUUGAUGAGAAAAUAAGUUCGUUGAAUGAUGAUGUUUUUUCAUCCGCUCCCACCACCCCAAAUCCAGCAAUACAUUCACGCACCUUGGUCAGACAAUCUGCCGUUGUGGAGGACUUUUCCACGGGCGAGGGACACAUGCUUCCCUCUGUACGUUCCAUGGAAGACGGUUACCAUGUUUACAGUAAUUCUACAGAGAUCAUGCAGCGGAGCCGAUCUUUCGAGUUUGGCCAGGAAAGGCAGAGGAAGCCACUGCAGAACAAAGGUACUAUGUAUGAAUGUGAAACUUGUCGGAACAGGUACAGGAAAUUGGAGAAUUUUGAAACGCACAAAAAAUUCUAUUGUUCAGAGCUUCACGGGCCAAAGAACAAGCCCAAUGUUGUGAAAGAAACAGAUCAGGAUGUCUUUCAGGUUACUGUACAACAACAGCUGAUUUCUAGAUCGGGAUCAGGAACACUGGAGCAACAGACAUCGAUAAGGAAAAGGAGGAAAAUGAAAAGUGUUGGAGAUGAGGAUGAUCAGUCUCCGACUGAAACGAAACCACCGUGUUCAGUUAGUUUUGAUUCAUGUCAACUGCAGACCUCACUGACCAAUCCGGCAAUGCCUCAGCAUGCGGUUAUUGUCGACCAGCAUAAGAACAACCCGCUUAAACAGCCUCAAAUUCAGCUCCUGUCAAGAGGCUCAAGCAGUACAGAAUCCAGACUGUCACCAAUACGAGAGACUCAAAUCAGCAGCUCACCUAAAGGGGAAAUGCAACGACAGGGCAGUGGUACUUCAGUCAUCAGACACACUAAUUCUUUAAGUCGGCCAAGUUCUUUCGAGACAGAAACUAUUGAAAGAGUUUCUUCCAUUGAGAUCAAGGAAAAGGAGCUCCUGAACAAGCCUAAAGGGGAGAACACAGUUUCUGAUAGCUACCCAGAAAACAUCUCAAAUCCAAAAAGUACAAACUAUGGAAGGGAACGAAUGGGGCAAAGCGUUGAGGAGAACUCGCCAGUAACAGCCGGUGAGCACACAACUCCCGUACACCAAUCCCGUCUCGUGCGUCAAAACAACAUCCAGGUGCCUGAGAUUUUGGUCACAGAAGAUUCGGAUAGGGAGCAUGAAACACAGACAUCUGAGUCAACAGAAAAACCUGUGGAUCAGUUUAACUGGCCUCAAAGAAGCGAGAGUUUGUCAAAGUUACCAACAGAGAAACUUCCUCCUAAAAAGAAAAGAAUCCGUCUGGCACAAAUGGACCACUCCUCUGGGGAUUCCAGCUUUGAGUCGAGUCUUUCUCGUAGCCUCAGUCGAGACAGUAGUCUCUCACGCUGUUCUAGCAUCUCUGCGUCUUUUGACAGAGAUGAGCCAUCCAGAUCUGAAAGUCCUCUAAGAGUGGAGUGUGUCAGCAAAACGGCUGAGCCUCAGGGGCAGCCAACAGCCUUCAACACCCUGGGUGUGCCAGGAAUAAUGAGGCGUGCUGCAUCUGAACAGAUCACUUGCACCCAACCGUCGGUGGAAAUUUCAUGUGACUACCGGAGCAAGUCCUUUGACUGUGGAAAUGUCUCACCCAGAAGAUCUCCGUCACCUGUUCCGCAGGCAAAAAGUGGACAAGUAAACCAAGUUCCCUUAAUUGAAAGGCGGCGCGGCCCAUUGGUCCGACAAAUGUCUUUGAAGAUCGGCCCAGAGAGUCAGCAGUCGAUUCAGAAACCGGUCCUACCCCACGAUAAGACCUCGUUCACAAAUAUUAGUUCCUUCAACCAGUACAGAUCCCAACAAAUUCACAUUGCCAACAGGCGGACUGUAGCCCAGCCUUUCGUCCUACAGUCUGGAGAACUGCCCUUACAGAAGAAUGAAAAAAUGGUGCAGAGCAUCAAUUUGGGGAGCCCAACUCAACAGCCUCAAAUUCACGGACUUCCGCACCCUUGGCAUCAGACCUCCAGAGUUCAAAUAAGCCAGAAGGUACAACCAUUGAACCAGAUAUUUGUUUGCCGAGAAAAUGUACAAAGCAAGCAAACAGACCCGCAAGAAAGCAAAUCUUUAGUGCCCAAAUACCAACUCCAGUGCCCUGCUUUGAGAGCAAGCCAAACAUUUACCUUUUCACAUGGAACUCAGCUGACCAUGCCAAUCUUAACCAUCCCAAUUGCCAAUCCAGUUCUGAGUGUUUCAAAGUCCUCAGACAGACACAAGAAUGUAUACAAUGCGCAUCCAAAUCAAUUGGCGCCUGAGACAAAAAUCGUUUUCCCAAGCGAAAUGCAGAGGGAUCAAUUUGAUCAGUCACAAUCCGGUGUUAAAACACUGCCACAAAUACUUAUAACCCAUGAACAAAUGCAGUCGGCUCCUGCGAUCUCAUACAAGAACAGUCUCUCUCCCUCUCAGGGUGGAGAAGAUGAUAAUCACACACUUGGCAGUCAGAACAAUUCCACAGAGGGAGCAUCUAGUCUUGAGUCUACAACUUGCACACCCAAAAUGGCGUCUGUAAAUCUUUGUCCCCAGCAAGAACCCACCGCCUCCAGCAAAAGAAUGUUGUCACCCGCCAACAGCUUGGACAUUUACAUGGAAAAGCACCAGAAACGUGCCAAGGAUGAACACGGGGUAGCCUGUCUGACAGAUGGCAGGUCGGUCAGUUAUCUGCACUCCAAGAUGGCAGAGGUGACUCGCCAGAGGAAACUAACACUUGUUAGACAGGUCUGCACCACAGAGCCAGUCGACAGCCCCAUUGAAUCUGACGCCCCCCCACUGCCACAAGUUACAGGGGACCAAGAGAAGGACUCGGAGGCUACAGAUGAUGUCAAACCAAUGUCACCUGACUGUACUCGGGUGGAGAAAAACACAAGCAUCGUCAUCCCUGAGAUCUUGAACACACCAAGCGAGCAGAACAAUGCGAAUCCUGCAACUCAUCUUAAACCUCUCGAAAAAUCGGACGAGCAAAGAUGGACUCCAAGCAAAUCCCCUAUUAGGCCCUCCAGUUUCCAGAGUGGGCAAGUAAAACUGACGGCGUCCGUUUCUGUGGUCAACACCAAAGACAGUCAUCGCCUGUCUUUCCCCAGCUUGAAGACCACCACCACUUACACAUGGUGCUUCUUGAUGAAGAGGAAGCCCAUCCACGUGCCCCAGACGGAUCUAAAGACCUCCGCGUAUGCUUCCUGGGCAGUAAGCCCAAACAACCCAAACCCACUUGGCUUGCCCACCAAGGUCGUCAUGGCUCUGUUUGACUCGAAGCAAAGCUCCAAAAAAAUACAUUACACCUCAGCCAUAAGGACGUCGGGAAAAUCGGAUAUCGUGUCGUACUCAGGCAAACUAAAAGACGUCAUGCCAAGGGUGCCAGUGACCAAAAGACCUGUAUCAGCAGAGAGCAGAAGUAAAGUCCAACCUGAAACUCAGACCAGCAACGAGUCUGAGAAGGACAGCAGCUCCUCCAAGCAAGAACCAAGACGGGUCAAAAUAUUCGAUGGCGGAUACAAAUCCAAUGAAGAAUACGUCUACGUACGAGGUCGGGGCCGUGGUAAAUACAUCUGCGAGGAGUGUGGGAUUCGCUGCAAGAAGCCGAGCAUGCUGCGCAAACAUAUUCGCACCCACUCGGAUGUACGGCCGUACCACUGUGUCCACUGCAACUUCUCCUUCAAGACAAAAGGAAAUCUGACCAAGCAUAUGAAGUCUAAGGCUCACAGUAAGAAGUGCUUGGAGAUGGGGGUGCCAGCAGGACUCAUUGAAGAUCAGGAGGCUGAAGACUCAGGUGACCGCAGUCAUGUAAGCAGCGCUGACCGUCAGGACUCAGACGGGGAUGAUUCCGAGGGUCCGGACGAUGAGGAGAACGAUGACAACGAAGAAGAGGAAGAAGACAGCCAGGCAGAAUCUGGCUUGUCCACUAACCCGUCUGUCUCUGCCAGCCCUCAGCACGUCACCUCCAAAGACGCUGAAGUCCCGCCGAGUGCCCUGCUGGCCCAGAUGUCCAUCAGCUCAGUUUCUCUCGCGCUGUCUCAGACUCAGCCUCCUGAGUUUCACACAUCUGACUCCGAGUCUGUCCCAAUGAUGAGCCCAGUGUCCCUGAGCAAGCAAAUGUCCAUCCCCAGACCCUUUUAUAGCUCAGCUCCCCACCCCACCUCGCCUCCGCCCAUCCCUGGCACGUCUGACUCCUACACCUCAGACACAGAAUCGGUGCACAUGAUGAGCCCGGUGUCACCCUGCAGACAGAUGUCCAUCGACUAUCCCGACUUUGACGUCCCCCCCAGUCCCCCAGUGCCAGGCAAAGGCUUCAAGCUUGGCCAGGGCACCUCCUCUGCACCUCCGACUGUUCCAGCCAGUGACUCCGGAAUGCCAGUCGACCGCAGCACUCAGACCUCCUCCUUUCCUUCUCAGAGUGCCAUCCAGUUUCCAUCUCACAACAUCUCCCAAGUACCGGAGACCCAGACGCACUUGUUCAGUCACCUUCCCCGGCACUCGCAGCAACCAAUUCACAACGCCUACAGCAUGGUCCCUGUUGGUGGGAUACAACUGGUACCCACUGGUCUGGCAGCGUAUUCAACCUUUGUGCCCAUCCAAGCUGGCCCAGUCCAACUUACAAUCCCGGCGGUGAGCGUCAUUCACAGGAACACGUCCCCAUUGCCGCCCUCCAUCACGCCACCCCAACCAGAAGGAUUGCAGAGCCAACCCUUGGUGGUCCAGGAGCCCAUCAGCAGUGUCCUGCCGUGCUUCCCUCUGGGUCAGGUGGCUGGAUUGCAAGGCUCCACAGUGCAGUCAGUGGGACUUGAGACGUUGAACCUCAUGGGUUUGACGAACACUGGCGUGGGGUCUACCCAGCUUUUACCCCAACAAGGGCUCACCCUCGGUGCUACCCUGGGCCUUCAGGUUUUAGCGGCAAACCCCACCAGCCAGUGCAGCAACAGCACCCAGACCCAUGUCCCAGGCUUGCAAAUAGUCAACAUCGCCCUUCCUGCACUUAUCCCCUCACUGAGCCCCCUGUCCACACUCAGCCCUCUACCUGUUGCCUCUGACAGACAAGGAAGCCCGGACACGUUUGGAGCACAACCACCCCAAACAGAAACGGCUUCCUCGAGCCGUGUGACUGCUUCGCCUCCUGAUUCCUCUGUCAUAAGCAGCCCUCCAGAACUGACUGCCGGCAGAAGGUCAAGCCCUGAAGGGAGCAGCGAUGCAGAGCCCAGAGAAACUGUGGAAAGGCACAAGCGGGAAAAAUCCCCAAAGCAAAACACAGCACCAAAACCUCAAGUGGAAAGUGGAAAAGACUCUCCAGCUGAAGGAACUAGUGACCCCACAGCAACCAGACCACCAGCAGGGGUCGGCUGGCAGAAGGCGAACGAAGACUUCAACGAGGCAUCCAGUGACGAUGAGGACAGACUGGUGAUUGCCACCUGAACUGUCGUGGAAAAAAAAGCUCUUUGUUUAUUUUUUUGUAAUUUUUGUCACUUUGUACGACUGAAAACACUUCGGGGGGCGGCGCUCCUUCGCGCACCCCCCCCUUCAAAGCACAGAUGCUGACAUUCAUUCUUGUAUGUGCAAUUCUGAAAGAUUAUAAUAAUGACCAAUCAUUUUAUUUUUACCUUUGUGUCAGCUCACAAACAUUCUUUUGUACAUGUUGUAUAGACAAUUGUGCCUUUAUGGAAUAUCUCGUUACAAAACUGUAAAUACUUCCUUACAACUGUAGUCGCUCGUGUUUAUUCCCAAAACUAGAGGCAAAACAGUGACAGAAGAUUUUAUGAUAGAGGUCAUUCGUAAAUUUAUGGAAUCAUAAAUGUCGUGCUGGUAUAUGUACAUUUCUAUGGAUUAUGGGGCAAUGUUUUUGUGUACAGAUGUUGUGUUCAACUAUUUAUUACCAUUCAUCUAGUGCCCACUAUGAUCGCUGAGUUCAUACGUCUGUGCAUUAUGGUAGCUUCACAUUGCUGUAUCAAUAUUAUUAAAUGUAUCAGUAAAAACCUGUUUACAAGCAUCAAAGGUAUAUGUGUUAC